AUGGAAGAGCAUGCUGAGUUCCGUAAUAAUGUCCGGGAUGGCCUUGCCGCCAAGGGCGAGUCCAGUAGUAAGAAGAAGCAAAAGAGUCACUUCGAUCAAAGAUCCAAGAGACCUCGUCAAGCACGAGGUCCCAGGUAUGAUUUUUACACACCCCUUAAUGCUCCGCGCAUUAAUAUUUUAGAAGAAGCUAAUCAUGUAGAUCUAAUCUCCUUACCUCCCCCGGCGUACAAUUCGGCCAAUGCCGAUAAGAGCAAACAUUGUCGAUAUCACCGAAACCAUGGACACACAACGGAGGAAUUUUGGAGCCUCAAAGACAAAAUUGAAGAACUGAUUCAAGCUGGUCACCUUGGCCAAUAUGUCCAACGUGGUAAAUCUUCCCGCGGGGAGUUCCGAGGACGCGGCAGAGGGCGAGGACGAUAUUCAAACCGAUAUCAAGGACGCUCCCAAAGUUACCAAGGCCGAUUUGAGCAAGGUAACUAUCAACAAGCACCCAUACACGAAGAAAACAAACCCAGCGCAAAUAGUGCUGAUCCACAGCACGGGGACAAAUCCUUUGCCGACAAUAACCUGCGAGGAGUCAUUAACACCAUUGCGGGGGGCUUCGCUGGAGGUGGAAGUUCUAACUCCGCCAGGAAGCGGAACCUACGCAACGUUCACAAUAUCAAUGAUCACCACAACUCGGACAUCAAAAUGAGUCCAUCAACUCCUCCCAUUGUCUUCACCGAUGAUGAUUAUGAAGGCAUAAGUCUAAGCCAAGACGAUCUCAUGGUCAUCUCAGUCGAAGUGGCUAACUGGGAAGUUCAGAAAACAUUGAUUGACCAAGGUAGCUCUGCUGAUGUGUUGUAUUGGCCUACUUUCUUGAAGCUUGACAUCCCUCAUAAUAUGAUUCAACCAUAUUCCGAGCCUCUCGUCGAUUUCGCAGGUGAGCGAGUUCACACUCGUGGUUUCAUUGAAUUGCUAACCUCUUUUGGUACAGCCCAGAAUUCAAAGAGAGUGCUGGUGAAGUAUUUGUUAGUUGAUGUCGUCACCUCCUACAAUAUUCUCAUUGGGAGACCAACAUUAAAUCAGUUAGGAGCAAUUGUGUCAACACCCAAUUUGACUAUGAAAUUCCCGGGCACAGACGGACGUAUAAUAACUAUCAAAGCUAAUCAGCAAAUAGCAAGAAGAUGUUAUGCCGAGAGCUUAAGGAUUGCCCCUACUAGUCCUCAACCCGAGAAGUCAAAUUCUUCUGUAGUAGCCCAUCUCGGAACAAGGGAAAUGGCCAACCAGGAUCCCCGAGUUGACAUGCAUGACCAUCGACCUAGCCCCGUUGACGAACUAAUUGAAUUCCAUAUUGGAAAGAAGCCAGGACAGUGUACCAAAAUCGGAAAACACAUUGAAACCGAUCUCUGA